AUGAGAAUCAGAGUGAAAACGUUAGAUCGAAAUGAUGAAGAAUUGGACAUUGCUGACGAUGCAAGUCUUGGUGUUUUGCGAAAAGUGAUAGAGGAGAAGAUGGGUAUUUUGGAAUCGAGACAGCGGCUGAUUUUUCAAGGACAUCCACUUUUGAGUAAUGAUCGUCUUCUGAAGGAUUAUGGUAUUGCAGAUGGUUUAACUCUUCACAUGGUGGAACGUCCACUUAAUGCUGGCCCUCCACCUGGUUUGAGUCCGCAACACUCUGAUCUUGGACAUAAUGGCAGUGAUGAUAAUGUUGAAAGCACACGAGUUAACGUGAUAAAUGGUGAAAUGGUUAUCAUACGCAAUGCCGUAUUUCAGGAUGCGGGUAAUACAACAGAAUAUGUGAAGGAGACAGUUUCAAAUGUGUUAGGUGUUGUCUCUGAUCGUACUUCGGUUGAUGUGGAAACUCAGGAAGACACGCCGCGGACUGGUGAUUUGACACUACGAGUACAUAUUCGGGGUGGUCCUGUACGUCAUGUUAAUUCUGGAGCAUUCAGUCGAAUUAAUUUCGUCUCUGAUGGAUUAAACCGGAGCGAGCGUACCUUACAGAUUCUUGAGAAGGAGCCAUUUUCAUCGAUGAUGGUUGAAGGUUAUGAGCGAGUUAUGCCUCCUUUAAGAAGUGAUUUCGAACGCGCUAAACUUGGUGAAACAAUUUUAGAAUUAGAGGAAGUGCUUCAUAUUCACCGUGCAGAUUUGUCAGAUGACACUGGUAUAGAAUUGAAAAAUGAAGAAGGUGAACCUCAGACAACAAGUUCGGCACUGCACAGUAAUACACAGCAUCAAAAUGUGGUUUUAAGACACGCCACACCAGAGAAUUAUACGGAUUUACUUCGGAAAAUACUGAGCGUACAAAAUCUGGCGAACUGUCAUCUAAAGCGUUAUCAAGACAUGAUUCAUAAGCGGAACAGUAUGCCAAAUAACCGCGCCAGAUGUAUCGCAUUAUGCUUUGAAGAAAAUUUCCGACGUGUCCUGCACCGUCUUUCGCAUGCCUAUCAUUCACUGUCCGACAUUGUCGUCAAUUUCUCGGAUCCGGACUCACCUUUGGAACCGAGUUCUGCGGAACAUCACGACGAGCCAACUACUGAGGUUGUCCUUACUCUGGUAUUUGUGGCACAAAAUGAACGGGACUCUCGGGACAGAUCAGUCUCUGAAGGAAGUCAGCAGCCUGCUGAUGGUAGUAACAUCGGUCAUAUUCAUCACAUGGGUCACUCACGAGCUUUCCGUUUAUCUCAGUCCAUGAGAGGUGGGUUACGAACAUAUCCCGUUUUAAACCCAACAAUUCGAACACCGACGGUUAUCACAGUUCCAGACAUUAGUGCUGCGGGAAGUCGUAUGCCAUUCGUAUCUUCAGGUCCACUUCACGUACAAAGCGCUCGAUUACAUGUGGCACCUAGUGCACAUUCCGGAGUGCGUAUGGAAACGUCUGGAGCAUUCGGUUUAAAUACUAGUCAAGCAGAAGGCGAGAAUCCUGGCGCCCAGUCUGUUUCCUCUGAAUCUGAGUCUACAGGCAAUCAAAUGCAGUUUGGCGGAGCAGUGAAUACUGCUGUUCGUGGUGGUAUUCAGAAUUUUAUCCGAAGUAUACUGCCGAAUGCUUUUGGGAACAUAACAUCUAUGCAAACAAGCCAAACCGCGUCACCUAACACACAAACUGGUGCAAAUGCUAGCCCUCGACGACAUCCAGUGAUCAAUGUGCACAGUCGUCAGCACCCUGGACAGUCGAAUCAAAUGCAGUCUUCGGCACGUGCAUUCUUAGCUCCUUCAACUCCUACAUUCCAUGGUCCAGGAAUUGUUGGUCAAGUAAUCGUGCGUACAAAUGGACCAGCAAAUGCUGAGGCAGCUCGUCGUGCCCUUGAUGCUGCAAUGCAAGCUGCGACUGCUGCGGUAGGUGAAAAUGGUGUCCAUGUGCAGGUCAAUGGAAUGCCACGAAUUAUACCAUCUAUGGGUAGAAACAGAACUAAUAUUAUGUGGGCUCGACGAACGUACACCAAUCGAGGUGAUAGAGAAGGAGGUAUUGAGCAUCCAAAUGAUAUGUUCAUUGGGCCUCAUUAUCCAAAUGACUCAACAAUCUAUACGAAUGACCCUCAUUUAAACUGUCAGAGCAAUUUAUGCAAUCCUCGAGCACAUAUUCACAAUUCGGCAGCGUAUGAAACACUUAUAGGUGAUCUGUAUCAGGCAACAUUAAGAUAUAAAGAAAGUCUCGAUCCUCAAUCAUCUGAAUUUGCUGAUGUAGAAGCUUUGAUACGUCGUUGGGAUCGAGUCAGAGGUUUACAUGACUCCGAUAUUCAUGUUGCCUUGAAUCAGCGAGGGGAAGCACUUUUUGAACGCCCAGAACAUUUUAAAAGCGUCCUGACAGCGAUGUUGCGACGAGCGGUUGCAAAUCUAGCUGAUACGGAUGCUGAUAUUGCUCAUCGUUUGAGCGCUUCGCAGGGCGAAUAUAACAUUUCCAAUUAUGGCAUGGUACCGGUAAUUAGUACACCAUUACAUGGAUUCGAAGUUCCGGGCCCACCAAUAGGCUCAAUUGAAUUAGAUGCUGUGGACAUCGAAACUUUUGAUCCUUCGCAAGAAGUGCAAAUGAGAGAUGAAAACCUGGGAGAGGAUCCACACACCAAUCGCACUGACACCACCCAAGAAAGUGGUAUGUCAGAAAUUCAGGCACCCAGUGGUGCUAGCGAUGAUAAUCCAGAAAAUGAUUUGAAUAUCAUUGAAAUGAUAAGAACUUUGUCGGACUUGAUGCAAUCAGGGCGUUCAACAACACUUGGGCAAGUGAUGCGUGAGAUAGGACAACCAGUUACGCGCCUUGAUACAGGCUUUGUAAAUUUGGUUAUGGUGUUGGCAUAUGAAAUAUUGCAAAUUCCUGAAGUUGUGCAAAUAUUGAAUGGGAAUUUCUCUUCUUUAAGCAAGAAUCGGCAUCAGAUGCGCCGUUUUCUGAUUCAGAAUGUAUUCAAUGAUAACUGUCGACCAUCUGACGAAGAUCUUAAAAAUGCUGCUGAACGUGUGGCACUAGCGGAGGAGAAGUUGGAUCGUUUUCUUGCAUACAGCGAUGUUCAUCGUUACGCGGAUGUCGACGGUGUUGGUCGAAUAGAUUUAGUUGCUAGUGUGUUGCGCUUGGAAAAGCGAAUUGUAGAAGAAUUUCUGCGUCACUUGAUGCGCACCGAUGAUGAUCUGACGCCGGAAGAGUACUCGAAAACUAUUGUCGACAUGUUCACAGCUUAUGUUUAUCGAGCAGUCCUGCUAACAAACUUAUCAAUGAAGGGCCAACCAUACGACUACGAGAGCCUUCUUCUUCGUUUUAUGGAAAGACCCGCAAGAGUCACUGAACACCACCUGUCAGUUUCAAUGGCACAAAUGAGUAUGUCCCAUAUAAGACUUUUGUUGCGUCGGGAAACUCCUUUUACCGUUCAUGACAUGAUGGAAGAUAUUGUUCUUGCAAAUGAACAUGAUCAAGCUGUUGAAUCGAGCAGUUUUACUGCAAACAGUGAAGCCGAAUGUGUACCGUCGAAUUCCGCUUUUAAACCCGACGAGGCUAGUAGGAUAAAGGAUCGUAAAGGUAGCAGAUUGAAUGACAUAGAGAUGCAAGACGCGCAGGAUGCUAUGCCAGGUCCCACUUGGAAAAAUAUUUUACCAAAGGAUUGGAUAUCAGUAAUUCAGGACGACAAAAAUCGUUCGAUACCUAGAAAUGUAAAAUCAUUUAGUGAUGCAUAUUUAAGUGCUUGUUCGACAAAAAGAAAGGGAAUGAAAGUGACGGCAGAAGGCUCUUCCGAUGGUUUAAUAUCUUCUGCUGUUAAAAGAUCUUUGGAAGAAGCUAUAUCAAGUUCUGGCUUCGCACCUGCAAAUAUUCAUGGUUCGGCUGAUGAGACAAAUGUACUGCAAAAUGAAUUUGAUGAUUUGGUGCGACAGCGAGUGGCGAAGGAUGAGAAAUACGAUCCUGAAAAAUAUCCGGAAUUGAAUAAAUUUCUGAAAAAGAGAGAUUCCUAA